CUCUCUCUCUCUCUCUCUCCUUGUUGUUCGCACCAUAUUUGUGGAAAUGGCAAAAGAGUCCAAAUAUCCAAUGAUCAUGUGUGAGUUCCCCAAGAAGAGGAUAUAAAGUUUUGGCUUUUGUGUGGUAGCUGGUUGAAUCCAGGCCUUUGUUUUCUGACGCUGACAGCAAUCAGAAAAUUAACCAAACAAAAUUCUGCCGGGGGGCCGGCAUGGCGACGCACCGGCGGCUCCUCCUGCUGCUGUUCUUCUGCCUCGCCAGCGUCCGGGCCGGGCUCGCCGACACGAAUUCUCAAGAUGUUGCUGCACUACAAGCCUUGAUGAAUAAUUGGCAAAAUGUACCACCAAACUGGGGACAAAACAGUGAUCCCUGUGGUAGCCAAUGGGAUGGAAUUAUUUGCACCAAUGGGAGGAUCACAUCACUGAGGUUACCAUCCAUGAGCCUCAAAGGUCAACUACCUGCUGAUAUAGCCCAGCUCUCUGCAUUGAACUACUUGGACCUGUCCUCCAACCCCGACCUCGGCGGCCCACUUACUCCAAGUAUCGGCAAUCUGAAGCAGCUCACCACACUAAUCUUGGCUGGUUGUAGCUUCACUGGCAACAUUCCACAAGAGUUGGGCAAUUUAGGACAGCUCUAUUUCCUGGCUUUAAACUCAAACAACUUCACUGGCAGAAUACCUGGUACACUCGGUCUGCUCUCAAAUCUCAAUUGGUUCGAUGUGGCCGAAAAUCAAUUGUCUGGACCUCUGCCAGUUUCAUCGAACUCAACUCCUGGCUUGGACCUACUUGUCAAUACACAGCAUUUCCAUUUCAAUAAGAACCAGCUGUCGGGACAGCUCCAAGAAAAGCUUUUCAACUCUAAGAUGAUCCUUAUACACCUAUUAUUUGAUGGAAAUAAAUUUACCGGGCCAAUCCCAACAUCAGUAGGACUUCUGCAAAAACUCCAGAUUCUCCGGCUUGAUAAAAACCAAUUCAGCGGUAACAUUCCUGCAUCAAUCACCAACCUAACUACUCUUAACGAGCUGCACUUAGCAGGAAAUGAACUUCAGGGAACAGUCCCAGAUCUCAGUGCAUUAACCAACCUCAACUACGUGGAUUUGAGCAACAAUACCUUCGAUUCUUCACCUGCUCCGCCUUGGUUCUCGACAUUGACAUCUCUCAAUGCUCUAUUUUGGCAGAGGGGAGGGCUUACUGGGAAAAUCCCUACGUCGUUAUUCGCAUUGCCUCAACUGCAGCAAGUUGUGUUGGCUACCAAUACAUUUAACGGCACGCUCAACAUGAGCAGCAACCUCGGCCCAGACCUACAGACUGUAGAUUUCCAAGACAAUGCUAUUACGCAAAUCGAUAUCGCUUCAUCCUAUAGCAACACCCUAAUACUUGUAGGGAACCCUGUGUGCUUAGACUCUCAAUACGCAAAUGGCUUAUUCUGCCAGCUGAAGCAAAAGGUAGUAACUCCAUACACUACCAGUCUAGCCAAGUGCGGUAACAGCAGUGCUUGCCCUGUUGAUCAGAGUCUAAGUCCUCAGAGUUGCUCUUGUGCCUAUCCGUACCAAGGAUCGCUGGUAUUUAGAGCACCCUUAUUCGCCGACCUAACAAAUAGCACACUGUUCCAGUCACUAGAGUCGAGCCUUUGGACUAAGCUCGAGCUCGCUCCCAACGCGGUUUACCUUUCAGAUCUCCACUUCAGUAGUGAUGGCUAUCUCUAUAUUCAAGUGGAGUUCUUUUCCUCUACCGGAACGUCCUUUAACCGGUCGGAAAUCAUAAGAAUCGGGUCCGAUCUAACUAACCAAAUUUGGAAGGCCCCACCUAUUUUUGGACCCUAUUACUUCCUUGGAUAUCCAUAUUUCUCCACAGGUGGGAGCGGAGGAAGUUCCUCGAUGAGUACAGGAGUUAUAGCUGGGAUAUCGGUUGCUUGUGCUCUUCUUUUGAUCGGACUCGUUGUUGUGGGGUUGUAUGCUUUGCGACAAAGGAAAGCUCGAAGGGAGGCCAAAACAACCAACCCUUUUGCUUCUUGGGGGGUUGGCGGCAAAGAUGACGGAUCUGCUCCACAGCUGAAAGGAGCAAGAUGGUUCUCAUUCGACGAAAUGAAGAAGUGCACCAACAAUUUCUCUGGAAACAAUGAAAUAGGAGCCGGAGGCUAUGGCAAUGUCUAUAAAGGAGUACUUACAAACGGGCAAAUAGUCGCGAUAAAAAGAGCACAGCAAGGAUCGAUGCAAGGCGCAUUAGAGUUCAAAACUGAGAUAGAGUUGCUGUCGAGGGUUCAUCACAAGAACCUAGUAGGCCUUGUUGGCUUUUGCUUCGAUCAAGGGGAGCAGAUGCUGGUGUAUGAAUACAUUCCUAACGGGACUUUGAGGGAUAACUUGAUCGGGAAAGGCGGAAUGCACUUGGACUGGAUGAAGAGACUAAAAAUCGCCUUAGGCGCUGCUAGGGGACUAGCAUAUCUUCACGAGCUUGCCGACCCGCCGAUCAUCCAUAGAGAUAUCAAGUCGACUAAUAUCUUAUUGGAUGAGAACUUAAACGCAAAGGUUGCCGAUUUUGGGCUUUCGAAGCUAGUCUUGGACAGCCAAAAGGGGCAUGUUUCUACUCAAGUCAAAGGAACAUUGGGCUAUUUGGAUCCUGAGUACUACAUGACCAAACAACUCUCGGAAAAGAGCGAUGUAUAUAGCUUCGGCGUGGUCAUGCUUGAACUAAUAUCUUCAAGGCUACCUAUAGAGAAGGGCAAGUACAUUGUUCGUGAAGUGAGAAUGGCGAUCGAUCAAUACGACCAAGAGUACUACGGAUUACAAGACAUCAUAGACCCCUUGAUUAAAAUCUCGGUCAAGCUCGUAGGCUUCAGGCGGUUCGUGCAGUUGGCAAUGGAAUGUGUCGAAGAAUCGGCCUCAAACCGGCCCACGAUGAACGAGGUGGUAAAAGAAAUCGAAAUUAUAAUGCAGAAUGAGGGAGUAAGUACUACGUCAAAUUCGGCACAAUCAUCUGCGACGGAGUUUGGCAAUGCAAGAGGUGCUCCUCGCCAUCCUUAUGAGGAGCAGGUACCGAUAAGAGACGAGGGAAGCAGCGCUUUUGCAUACAGUGGCGGAUACUCCUACGAAGUGAAUGUCGAACCGAAGUAGACAUAAUUCUUUCGUUCUUUUUUCUUUCUCUUUUUCUCCUUUUUGUUGGUUUUGAUUUGUAAUUGUUGGUACACAGUUUCAAACAAAGCAAGUGAUGUUGUGUAUGUGACACUAAAAGUGAUGUUCUUCAUUUUUUUUUGUUUCUUUUUUUUGUUUCUUUGAUGAAGAGACAAAGCCUUGGUUUGAUCUUUCUUAAUAUAUAGAGUUUCUCAAU